UACUGUUUACUGGCGUUGAUGUUUGUGCGGAAACCAGCGAAGCAAAAGUUUGUUCCCCCGUUCUGUACCCUCACCCAAACCUCUAUUUUCACACGCGUGUGUACAGCAACAAGUACCAGGGGUUGCGCGCGCCGUGAAGGUAUGCAAUGGACGUACGAUAGUUUUUUUUUGUUGCUUUUUUAAAUGUCAGUCACCGAGAACCGGGCAACCCAUCGUCCCGAACGCUCACAGAAAUGCAGAAGGUGAACUUUGCAAUAGAACGAUUGCAUACUUUCAGGCGGUGUAAGUAGCCUGGACACGGUCACCGGGGAAGUAAUAGCACUUAGGAGCAAUCAGUGCCCGAUCAUGCCCAUUUGGAGGGGUUCCUAACACAUCGAACCUGCUGAAUGGGUCGAGAGUCACAGAUUUAUUAUACGAGGCCCAUUAUGGAGUUCGAGGUUUGAAGAAGACCCAGCAAUCAGCUUACAGGAUGAUACCCUCCUAGGGACCCCUUCAAAGCCCAGGAGCGCCAAGCAUCUACUUAGCGAUGAGCCGCCUCUGGGAGCAAUUAAUUGAUACGCUGUACUACACCUCUUUCCACCUUCCUUCUUUCCACCACUCCGUUUUCGUUAGGGUGGGUUAUAGACACUUUCCUACACACUCUAGCGUCCCCGUGUACUAGACAUCCUCUGAAAGCUACUACCACCAUAGCCAUAGAAACUCGAAGUAAGCUGUUUGAAAUCGGAAGAACCGGUUUUGUGACUGCAGGUGUUCCCGCUGCGUGUAACGUUACUGUACCCUGUAAGAACAGCGCAACGAAUGUGACUUCUCUUCUACUCCUCAGAAGUAAUGGUGGAUGUGGUCUCCAGCACAGUUACACGUGAAAAAAAGUCGCGAAGAAAGUAGUGGCGCCGGUAGCGGGGUAGAGAUUAUUGUGAACGAACCAUAUCAGGACGGGCCGGGCGGUAAUGGGCAGUAUACGCGCAAGAUCUACCACGUCGGUAGCCAUCUGCCGGGCUGGAUCAAGGGACUGCUGCCGAAGAGUGCGCUCACGGUGGAGGAGGAAGCGUGGAACGCGUACCCGUACACCAAGACGCGCUACACCUGCCCGUUCGUGGAGAAGUUUUCGCUCGAGAUCGAGACGUACUACUUCCCGGACAAUGGACACCAGGACAACGUGUUUAAGCUGAGCGGGGCGGACCUGCGCAACCGUAUCGUCGACCUGAUCGACAUCGUGAAGGAUCAGCUGUACGGGGCGGACUAUACGCGGGACGAGGACCCGACCGUGUACUGUUCGGAGCGCACCGGGCGUGGUCCGCUAACCGAGGCCUGGCUGGACGAGCACUGGGAGGAGGUGAAGGGUAAGCAGCAACCGACGGCACGCAAUAUGUCGCUCAUGUGUGCGUACAAGCUGUGCCGGGUCGAGUUCCGCUACUGGGGGAUGCAAACCAAGCUGGAGAAGUUCAUCCACGACACGGCCCUGCGGAAGACGAUGCUGCGGGCCCACCGACAGGCGUGGGCCUGGCAGGACGAAUGGUACGGUCUCUCGAUGGACGACAUCCGGGAGAUUGAGCGGCAGACGCAGCUAGCACUGAAGCGCAAGAUGGGCAACGAGGAAGGUGCCGAGCAGGACCAGGAAGAUGAUGACGAUGAAGGCAACAGCAAACCAUCGGCAGCGGAGCAGGACAAUCGUAGCGCCAAUCAAAUGAACUCCAUCGAAAAGACGAACGAAAACUCUACGCCCCACAUGGACAAGAAGGAACCGAUCCCGCUCAUCACUACUACGGCCGAGGCGGAGAGUGGGAGUGGUAUGGUAGCGAGACCAACACGCCGACAGGAGAAACCGAAACCGUCCGCACACAGCUCCGAGGAAGACGAAUCGCCGGACGGCAAGCAGCAGCACCAGCAGCCGAGGGCAAACCUCGACGUGGAGGACGAAGAGGACGAUGAGGAGGACGAGGAGGACGAGGAGGAUGAACGGCACGGUACGCGCGGGGGACAUUCGCAGCAGGGAGCAUGCUAUCUGCGUAAGCAGAACAAUAGCGGCUCGAAGAGCAAACUACAUUCACCGCUCGGGUCGGCCCACAGCUUUGAUCUGCAGGUUGCUAACUGGCGUAUGGAAAAGCUGGAAGUUGAUUCGAAGUCAGGCUCUGAGGAAGAAUUUUUCGACUGUCUCGCACGUGGUGAUACGGGCGAGAAGGCGUCACUGGUUAAGUGGAGCUCGCUCGAGUUGCUAGCCGAGGAAGAUGAUAGCCCGCAGCUUGCCUCGAACCACCGAAAUCAGGAGGACAGCAUCUUCAGCCAGUCCUACCUGCAGCGUGUCACGUCCGAACGCGGCACACGGCGUUCAUUCCUGGGCCACCAUUCGUCGAGCAUCGAUCGGGGCCAUGAUUCACCGCCCGGUUCACCCGGGCUACCUUCCUGCCCGACCACGGUGCUGGUGCUGAUAAUGCAUGCCGGCAGUGUGCUGGACGUUAGCUCGGACAUGACCACCAAGAAGUCGGACAUUACGACGUUCCGCGGUGCGCUCGAGUCGGUGAUGCGUCAGCAUUAUCCUUCGCUGGUCGGGCACGUGGCGCUGCGACUGGUUGCCUGUCCGGCCGUCUGUUCGGAUGCGCUCGGUAUCCUGUCCAGCCUGAGCCCGUACUCCUUCAACACGUCCUCGUCCAGUGCGGAGGUGUCGAACCUGGCGGACGUGCCGAUCGGUGCGAUACCGCUGCUGUCCACCUGUUCGCCCGACUUCCAGGAAUCGGUUAGCCGAGCGGUAUCCUGCGCGAACCAAACGUUUGCCGAUUUCCUCAAGUCCGAUGAGGGCCGUGGCUUUAACGGGCAGGUGGUGCUGAUCGGCGAUUCGAUGGGUAGCGUCCUGGCGCAUGAUGCACUGUGCCGUUCGGCGACACACCAGGGCAGUGAAGCGUCCGGGCUGAACCACAUUGCGGACUUUGUGGCCGAAGCGAACGAUCUGGACGCGACGAAGCUGCUGACGGCACCGUCCCCACGCCGCCGUUCGUCCUCCACCAGCGAGUCACGCGUACCGAAGUUCGAGUUUGAGGUGGGCGAUUUCUUCAUGUUCGGCAGUCCGCUGGCGGUGAUCCUGUCUGCCCGGCGACUGUCGGACAGCCGGUACGGUAGCAGCAAGCCGGCCUGCACCCAGCUGUACAAUCUGUUCCACCCGACCGAUCCGACAGCGGCCCGGCUGGAACCACUGCUGAGUGCUCGGUUUUCGAUGCUGCCGCCGGUGAACGUUCCGCGGUACGCAAAGUACCCGCUCGGCAAUGGACAACCGUGCCAUCUGCUCGAGCUGAUACAGUCCAGCCCGCAGCUGUUUGCUGACGGUGGUUCACUGCCGUCCGCGCGGCGCCUGUCGGACACCUCGAUUCAAAGCGCCGCCUCGGGCAUGAUCGACAACGUGCCGCUCAGCACGAUCAAUCAGCUGCAGCAGCGCUGGUGGGGCUCAAAACGGCUCGACUAUGCACUGUACUGCCCGGAAGGGCUCAGCAACUUCCCGUCCCACGCACUGCCGCAUCUGUUCCACGCGAGCUACUGGGAGUCGAGCGAUGUGGUCGCGUUCAUACUGCAGCAGAUUGGGCGGUUCGAUGAGGUCGGCGGUGCCGGGUACGGGUACGAGAAGGACGUAUCGAGCUUCCGGCCAUCGCAGCCGCGCGAAAAGUGGAACAAGAAGCGCACCUCGGUGAAGCUGAAAAAUGUUGCCGCCAACCAUCGGGCGAACGAUGUGAUUGUGCGGGAAGGUGAACCGCAGCGGCUGGUCGCCCGCUUUAUGUACGGACCGCUCGAUGUGAUUACGCUCGCGGGCGAACGUGUCGACAUACAUGUGAUGCGUGAUCCGCCGGCAGGCGAAUGGCAACUGCUGUCCACGGAAACGACCGACAAGAACGGGCGCGUGAGCUACAUUGUGCCGGGCGAGCAGGCGUGCGGUUACGGCAUCUUCCCGGUGAAGAUGGUCGUGCGCGGUGAUCAUACGUCGGUCGACUUUUACCUAGCGGUUGUGCCACCCCGUACGGAGUGUAUCGUGUUCAGCAUCGACGGUUCCUUCACCGCGUCCGUGUCGGUGACGGGCAAGGAUCCGAAGGUGCGUGCCGGUGCGGUCGACGUCUGCCGGCACUGGCAGGAGCUGGGCUAUCUGCUGGUCUACAUCACCGGGCGGCCGGAUAUGCAGCAGCAGCGUGUACUGUCCUGGCUGAGCCAGCACAACUUCCCGCACGGGCUCGUUUCGUUCGCGGACGGACUGUCGACGGAUCCGCUCGGCCACAAGGCCACCUACCUGAACAAUCUCAUACUGAACCAGGGACUGAUCGUGCACGCGGCGUACGGCAGCAGUAAGGAUAUUAGCGUGUAUACAAGCAUCGGCCUGAAACCGAAGCAAAUCUUCAUCACUGGCAAGGUGAGCAAAAAGCACCAAUCGAUGGCAACACCCCUCACCGACGGGUAUGCCGCACAUCUCAGCUCCCUCAUGACGGUUGGCGGUUCCCGGCCCGCCCAGGGUAACGCCCGCAUGGUGAUACCGCGCAGCUGCUUUAACCUGCCCGGCCAAAAUCAAUCCAUUCGCAGGCGAAGGUUCGUGCCGGGUUAAAAACGGGGCCGGUUUUCGGUACGAAUAUGCGGAACAAGAGGACAAACAAACAGGAACAAAACUGCAACUGAUUAAAUAUCACCCAACCAACCCCAUCCCCAUUGUACACCGCAAUCCAUGCCAAAAAAGGAGAAGUAAAAAGCAUAAGCUAUAAAACCCUACUAAACGUAACCAAAAAACCGAUAAACAUGAAAAGUAAAAAAAAGGGAGAAGAUAGAGAGAGAGCGAGAGAGAGAGAGAGAGAGAGAGAGAGAGAGAUGGUAAAAGUUUAAAUCUAUAAGCACUAUUUAAAGGAUGCAUCAUGAAUCUAGUUGUUCGGGGUAAGGGCGAUAAAUCGAUAAGCGUAGGAGAAGUAGCAAACUACAGAGCGAGAGAGACAGCAAGAGAGAGAGAGAGAGAUAGAGAAAGUGAGGGAAAUCAGAACACCGAACGAUAUUCCUUUUUAGUCAUGUAAGGUACUCGUGUAAGAGGGAGUUCUGUCUGCCAGACAGUUUAGACGUAUUCGCGAGUCGCAAAACGUUGUUGUGAGUAAUUUUUCUCCCUUUUCAUUGUCCAUAGGAAAAUGCCUCCUGUUUUUUUAUUCUACACAAAAAGUGAGCAAAAACAAGCGUAGAAUGCAGGCCGCCAUCUGCAUAGAUGCAAGAGGUUUGGAAUCAGAGAAUGGAACGUUUCGAAUCACUCGGUGAAAUGUUUCAACGGCAAUCCCGCUGUGGAAAGUUGGGGCAGCUAUCAAAAAAUUGGAAGAUGACAUGAGACCGCAACAAGUAGCAAAGAUCCACAGCCGAGUUGCAAAUCGCCUAAAAUGAAUGCACUGUGCAGUUGAAACAUUGUACCGAGUAGUUUUAAAACGUUCCAUUUGGUUGCCUAUUCCUUUACUUUACCCCACCACUCUCCACUACCUCUCCUCCGUUCUGCCCGCUCUAUCUUCCGUCUCAGUUGGUGUGGGGGUUCGCCGGUACGCCACUUUAGUAGUAAGGUGUUAAAGAUAUAUUAUUAUUAGCAUCGGAAGCAAAGCAACCGAAUAUGCGAGGGAGCAUUCAAGAUCUGUCUACAGAAAAAAGAACGAAACGAGAAUCUGGUAAUGUGUUAGUAGCGUAACGUAUCUUUAAUAGUAAGCCGUCAUUCGGAGCACUCGUCCGACAGGAACGAACGAUACUCAAUACUUAGUAGCUCAGGCAAUAAGAAGCGAAACCUCAACAGAGCAAUACUAGCCUGCAACCCUGCAUCAUCACUUGAAGCAAUAUUGCUCUCUCUCUCUCUCUCUCGCUCUUUUUCUCCCUUCCGGUGUCUUUUGCUUUCACUAAGGCUAAAGUCACUCGCUCGGUCCAUUCAAAGGUUGCCGACCGACUAUUGUCUGUCGCCUGAUACGGCUGAGCAAGUGACUUCACUCUCACUCUCACACACACACACACACAAAACACCAGGAAUGCGCCACCAGGCACCGCACUCUAGGCGAAACCGAGAAGCGGGAAGAAAAGCGGGAGAAGAAAAACAAAAACCACACGCCGAAGAUGCUGCGCAGCCAUUUGUAAAACCAGAGAGAUCAAUAUCAGGAUUUCUAUGCAAUAUUCUAUUUUGUCACAUGGUACCUGGCUUUAGAAGACUGUCUCUUAAAACCGGCUGUAAAGAAUUAAACAAACAAAAAAGAAAAACAAACC